CAUUCCGUUAGAUGCUAAGGAAGUUCGUCAUUACUAGUGUCGCCGUCGAUGCACUCAAUUAUGCCAACUCUGGUCGCACUACUUUAAUAACUGUUGAUUCUCGCGAUGGAAGUUCGACGCAGGCGAACAAAGAUUGAAGAUAAUAAACAGUCGCAAGCUCAAAGCGCCAAGUUUGAUUAUGACCGUACUUUUGCCAAAUCUGCCGAAAACAUUCAACGAGACAAGAAAAAUGGAGAAAUUGCUUCGAACACGUUCGACAAAUCUAAGCUGGAGGAACAGUCGGAAAAUAUAGGAGCACGAACCCGGAUUAAAAUAAGCUUCGAGAUUGAUAUAAUUUCAGUUAUUUUACUGUUGGCUGGAGUUAUCACUCGCCUUUAUCGUUUAGAGGAACCACGAAGUAUAGUAUUUGAUGAAUUGCAUUAUGGAAAAUAUGUGGGACUCUACAUGAAGAAGACGUUUUUUUUCGAUUCACAUCCUCCUCUAGGAAAGCAGAUUCUUUCCGCAGCUGCAUAUUUUGCGGAUUUUGAUGGACAAUUCAAAUUUGAUAGAAUAGGAAGUCCGUAUACGGAUGCUGUUCCUUUGUUCGCAUUACGAUUAGUACCUGCGUUAUGUGGCAGCCUUCUAAUUCCAACAGCUUAUUACUUGAUUUCAGAAUUAGGUCUAAAACAAUGGACCGCUGCAUUAGCUGGAAUAUUACUACUAUUUGAUAAUGCACUUUUAACACAAUCAAGAUUUAUCUUGAUGGAAAGUAUUCUAAUGCAAUUUUCAUUAUUUGGAUUUAUGUGUAUUAUAAAAUUCAGAAAAGUAAUGGAUCGACCAACAACUUUAUCCUGGUGGAUAUGGUUAAUUUUGGGCAUUGUAAACUUAACAUGUGCAUUAUGUGUAAAAUAUGUUGGAUUAUAUUCAUUAAUCCUUGCUGUAUUUCUAAUCAGUUAUGAUUAUUGGACUCUAAUACCAAGGAAGACUUUAUCUAGCACAGUAUUAUAUAUUCAUCUCAUAUUGAGAAUUUUUGUAAUAUUGGGUGUUAUUUGUACCAUUUAUUUGUCAGUAUUUUAUAUUCAUUUAUCAAUACUCUCUAAAGCUGGACCACAUGAUGCAAUAAUGACAAGUGCUUUUCAAGCAAGUUUGGAUGGAGGUCUUGCUAGCAUUACAAAAGGCCAACCUUUAGAAGUAACACAUGGGUCACAAAUUACUUUAAGACAUACAUAUGGGAGAGCUUGCUGGCUUCAUAGUCAUAAUCAUAUCUAUCCAUUAAAAUAUGCAGAUAAUAGGGGUAGUUCACAUCAGCAACAAGUUACAUGUUACUCUUUUAAAGAUGUCAACAAUUGGUGGAUUGUAAAAAGGCCAGAUAGAAAUGAUUUAGUUGUUACAAAACCUAGUGAACCAAUAAAACACGGAGAUGUGAUACAACUGGUGCAUGGAAUUACAAGUAGAGCAUUAAAUUCGCAUGAUGUUGCAGCCCCAAUGACACCUCAGAGUCAAGAGGUGUCUUGUUACAUUGAUUAUAAUGUGUCCAUGAGUGUUCAAAAUCUUUGGAGAGUAGAAAUUACUAAUAAAGAUAAUGUUGGCAAUGUCUGGUAUGCAAUACAAAGUCAAGUGCGUUUAAUACACGUAAAUACAGAUUAUGCAUUAAAAUUUAGUGGAAGACAAUUACCUGAUUGGGGUUUUAAUCAACAUGAAGUAGUGGCAGAUAAAUUUGUGGGUCAAGUAGACUCUAUAUGGAAUGUUGAAGAACAUAGGUACACUAGAAGCGAAGAUCAGAAACAAAGAGAAAGAGAAUUGAUCAAUGCUGAAAUGAUUCCAUUGCAAGCUACUACUUUAAGUUUUUGGGAAAAGUUUGUAGAAUUGCAGAUAAAAAUGCUUUUCAGUGGUCAAGAAGGGCAAAAUAGUCACAUGUAUUCUAGCAGUCCUUUAGAUUGGCCACUAAUGUCUAGAGGAAUUGCAUACUGGGUUUCAAAUGAUAGUAAUGCACAAGUACACCUUUUAGGAAAUAUAGUAAUCUGGUAUUCUGGAACAGUCUGUAUAGUCAUAUACACACUUCUAUUAAUAUUUUACAUGUUACGAAGGAGACGAAUGUAUUUUGAUAUCUCACAUGUAGAAUGGAACAGAUUUUCUAAUAUUGGAAGAACCUUAUUAGCUGGAUACUUGUUACAUUUCUUACCCUUCAAUUUCGUCGAAAGAACUCUUUUUCUUCAUCAUUAUUUACCGGCAUUCAUUUUUAAACUAUUACUAACAGCUGCAACAAUAGAACAUCUGUACUACUUAAUUGCAAUUCGAUACCAACAAAAGUUUUUAUCAUAUGCAUUCAAGUGCAGUAUUUUUAUAUGGAUAUUUUGUAUUAUUUAUGUAUUUAAUAAGUUUGCUGUACUCAGUUAUGGGACAACACCAUUAAGUGCUAAGGAAGUUUUAAAGUUAAGAUGGCGAGAUACAUGGGACUUCAUUGUACAUAAAACGUAAGAAAUUAUUUAAAUUUAAAAUAUUUUAAAUAUUGUUAUUUAUUUGUAUCGAAAAGUUUGAUUUAAAGUGUAUCAAUCAUAUUAUAGCAAUAAGAUAUAUGUAUU